GAUGAGGACAAUGGUGAUCGCAUUACUGAUCGCUCUAUUGACGGUGACAGUCGUGGAUGCAAGCGAUUCAAACAUAGUAUUUGAUCCCUGCUCUGAUGCAAAGGUUCAGAAAUUCGACGGUUUUAGCUUCGGGCUUGCAUUUUCCACUAAAGAGUCAUUCUUCCAAAACCAGGUGCAGCUCUCACCAUGUGAUAAACGACUUCCCCUAUCAAGCAUGAAUGCUCAACUUGCUGUCUUUAGACCAAAGGUUGAUGAGAUCUCUCUCCUUACCAUCAACAGCAGUACCUUCUCACCGAAUAUGCAUGGCGGUUACAUGGUAGCAUUUGCUGGACGAAAAUAUGCAGCUAGAUCAAUCCCUGUUUUUGUUGCAGAUAGUAGCCACAUCAUAACCAGUUUUACUCUGAUACUGGAAUUUGAAAAGGGUACACUACAGAACUUGUUCUGGAAGAAAGAUGGGUGUGCAAAAUGUUCUGGAGAAUCAUCUCUCAUUUGCCUCAAUCACCAGGACUGUGCAAUCCAACUCUCCACUUGUAAAAGCAAGGGAGGAUCUGUUGACUGCAACAUCGGAAUACAAUUGGCAUUCUCAGGUACAGAUAAGAACUAUGAGGGGCUUAACUCAUGGUAUGAAGUGAAAAAUAUCCGGCAGUACUCCCUCUUUGGUCUGUAUUCCGACCUAAGGGAUUCUCUUACGAGCCAAUUCAACAAUAUUUUCUAGCUGGUAGGUAUUUUCUUGUUCAUCAUUAAGCUGUAGCAUGUUGUAUCUGCCUCUCUUCUGACCUCUGGAACAUGGACAUUCUAAGUUUCCUGUACUAAUGCAUCACACAAUGUAAUUAAUGUUCAAAUAUAUUAUCUCUAGACACUUCUGCUC